AUGGGGAAGAGACGGGGCCAUGAUGGCACAGGGGCGGGGAAGAGACGGGGCUAUGAUGGCACAGGGGCGGGGAAGAGACGGGGCCAUGAUGGCACGGGGGUGGGGAAGAGACGGGGCCGUGAUGGCACGGGGGCGGGGAAGAGACGGGGCCGUGAUGGCACGGGGGCGGGGAAGAGACGGGGCCGUGAUGGCACGGGGGCGGGGAAGAGACGGGGCCGUGAUGGCACGGGGGCGGGGAAGAGACGGGGCCGUGAUGGCACGGGGGCGGGGAAGAGACGGGGCCGUGAUGGCACGGGGGUGGGGAAGGGACAGGGCCGUGAUGGCACGGGGGUGGGGAAGAGACAGGGCCGUGAUGGCACGGGGGUGGGGAAGGGACAGGGCCGUGAUGGCACGGGGGUGGGGAAGAGACGGGGCCGUGAUGGCACGGGGGUGGGGAAGAGACGGGGCCGUGAUGGCACGGGGGUGGGGAAGAGACAGGGCCGUGAUGGCACGGGGGUGGGGAAGAGACGGGGCCGUGAUGGCACGGGGGCGGGGAAGAGACGGGGCCGUGAUGGCACGGGGGCGGGGAAGAGACAAGGCCGUGAUGGCACGGGGGCGGGGAAGAGACAAGGCCGUGAUGGCACGGGGGUGGGGAAGAGACAAGGCCGUGAUGGCACGGGGGUGGGGAAGAGACGGGGCCGUGAUGGCACGGGGGUGGGGAAGAGACGGGGCCGUGAUGGCACGGGGGCGGGGAAGAGACGGGGCCGUGAUGGCACGGGGGCGGGGAAGAGACGGGGCCGUGAUGGCACGGGGGCGGGGAAGAGACGGGGCCGUGAUGGCACGGGGGUAGGGAAGAGACGGGGCCGUGAUGGCACGGGGGCGGGGAAGAGACGGGGCCGUGAUGGCACGGGGGCGGGGAAGAGACGGGGCCGUGAUGGCACGGGGGUAGGGAAGAGACGGGGCCGUGAUGGCACGGGGGCGGGGAAGAGACGGGGCCGUGAUGGCACGGGGGUAGGGAAGAGACGGGGCCGUGAUGGCACGGGGGUGGGGAAGAGACGGGGCCGUGAUGGCACGGGGGUGGGGAAGAGACGGGGCCGUGAUGGCACGGGGGCGGGGAAGAGACGGGGCCGUGAUGGCACGGGGGUAGGGAAGAGACGGGGCCGUGAUGGCACGGGGGUGGGGAAGAGACGGGGCCGUGAUGGCACGGGGGUGGGGAAGAGACGGGGCCGUGAUGGCACGGGGGCGGGGAAGAGACGGGGCCGUGAUGGCACGGGGGCGGGGAAGAGACGGGGCCGUGAUGGCACAGGGGUGGGGAAGAGACGGGGCCGUGAUGGCACGGGGGUAGGGAAGAGACGGGGCCGUGAUGGCACGGGGGUAGGGAAGAGACAGGGCCGUGAUGGCACAGGGGUGGGGAAGAGACGGGGCCGUGAUGGCACGGGGGUAGGGAAGAGACAGGGCCGUGAUGGCCCUGUGUACAUAUACCCUAAUAUGUAG